AACUCAUUGGAUUUUUACAUACCUUAUCACAAGGAUGCAUCAUCAUCAAGAAGUUAGGUGAACUCAUAAUGUGCUUGGCCAUUAGACUACUUAUCAUAAGGAAGCAUCAUCAUCAUUAUUCAUACUAUCUCAAUUCCCCUGCACUCACCUCGUCAAGAAAGAAAGAAAGAUGGCCGAGCUUGCAUUUCCGUUGGCAUCCAAACUCAUUGAAAGGCUCAGCUCCAUUGCUUCUGAGGAGAUUUGCUUGGCGUGGGGUGUUCAAGCGGAUCUGCAGAAACUUGGACGCACCAUGUCCACAAUCAGAGACGUGCUCUUGGAUGCCGAAGAGAAGCAAGCACGUAACAGUGGCCUACGCAGUUGGCUACGACAACUUAAAGAUGUGUUCCUUGAUGCGGAGGAUCUGUUGGACGAGUUUGAGUGCGAAGCUUUGCGAAGGCAAGUGGUUCGUCGCAGUGGCACAACCAGAAAGGUACGCCGUUUCUUUUCCCGCUCUAAUCCUGUUGCAUUCCGCUUGAGAGUAGGUCAUGAAAUUAAGGACAUAAGAGAGCGGUUACAUCAGCUUAAAGAUGAUAAGAAAUUUGCUGAUCUUCGCCCUGAUCACCAUCAUCAUCAAAUUAGUGAUGAUCUAAGGGAGAAUAGGAAUACGACCGACUACCUUGUCCCUUCUUCGAAGGUUAUUGGUAGAGAAACAGAAAAAAAUAAAGUUGUUGAUCUUCUAAUGGUACAAGGCGAUGAUCAUCAAGGUGGGGAUGAUGGAAAUAUCUCUGUUAUUCCUAUAGUGGGAUUGGGAGGUUUAGGGAAGUCCACACUUGCCAAUUUGGUGUACAAUGAUGACAGAGUCGUUGGGAGUUUUGAAUUACGAAUGUGGCAGAAAGUGUCAGUGGACUUUGAUAUCACUAGAUUGGCCAAAGAGAUCCUUCGCUCUGCAUCAGGUACAAAGAUCAGUGAAGGGUUGUCUCCGCAUCAGUUGCAAGAACAACUCCGAGAUGCUUUAAAGGAUAAGAAAUUUCUGCUUGUCUUGGAUGAUGUGUGGAACGAAGAUCGUAACAAAUGGUGCCAGUUGAGAGAUAUGUUGACAGAGGGGGCCAAGGUAGGAACUAAGGUUUUGGUGACGACACGGAAUAGCUCAGUUGCUUCAAUCAUGGGCACGGUUGAAAGCAUAAAUUUAGACGUUCUCUCUUUUGAGGAUUGUUUGUCUUUGUUUGUAAAGUGUGCAUUUAAAGAAGGACAAGAAAGGCAGCAUCCAAGCCUCUAUGCAAUGGGAAAAGAUAUUGUAAGAAAGUGUGGAGGGGUUCCCUUAGCUGUGAAAACCUUAGGGAGUCAACUUUACUCAAAGACUGAUGAGCGUCAAUGGCAAUUGAUUAAAGAUUCUGAGAUAUGGGAAUUAGAACGAGAUGGAGAUGGUCGUAUUCUACCUGCUUUGAGACUGAGUUAUACUCAAUUGCCCUCUCAUUUGAAGUUGUGCCUUGCCAGCUGUUCAAUUCUUCGAAAGAAUUACAUUGCAUUUAGUACCAUGGAUUUGAUCCAUAAUUGGAUGGCACAUGGAAUCCUUGAAUCUCGUGAACAUGGGGAUAUGGAGUUGGAAGAUGUUGGUGAGCUAUAUUUCAAAGAGUUAUGGGACAGAUCUUUCUUUCAAAAUGUUAAGGAUUACGGUUUCUUCUAUCGAUUUGAUAUGCAUGAUCUCAUCCAUGACCUUGUACAAUCAGUCGCACAAGGUGAGAGUUUGAUAGUAGACUCUGCAGGCACCAAAGGCGUCUCUGAAAAUGUUAGACAUCUAGCAUUUUUUGAAGUUGGCCAAAAUAUUUCAACAACCUUGCAAAAGUUGAAUAAAGUGCGGACUAUACGAGUAGAGAGUUGUAAUAUUGAUGAAUCCUUCCUCAGCACUUGCAUUUCAAGAUUCAAAUAUCUGCGGGAGCUUAGCUUAUACCAUUCACCUUGCGAAUUGUUGCCGAGUUCCAUUGGUUCUUUGAAGCAUUUGAGAAGCCUGAACUUGGCUGGAAAUGAAAGAAUCACCGCACUACCCAAUUCAAUUUGUAAGCUGCAGAGCUUGCAAGCUCUGAUUCUCGGUAGAUCCGUGAAUCUUGAAGAGUUGCCUAGAGACAUGAGAAAGUUGAUCAGCCUCAGAUGGCUUGAAUUAACCACAAAACAAUCAAGUUUUCCAGAGAAUGGAGUGGGAUGCUUGACAUCACUUCGAUAUCUUUCUAUUUGGGAGUGUAGUAAUCUUACGUGUUUGCCGCGUGAUACGAGUUAUCUCGCGUCGUUACGUACUCUGAUGAUAGGCUAUUGCAAACAACUUGAUUUGGUGAUGGAAAACUAUCAGGUAAUUCCACUAAGGCUCCAAAAAUUGGGGAUUAUAGGAGUACCACAAAUGGUGGCAUUGCCUGACUGGUUUCAAGGAUGCACAAACACACUACGAGUCUUGGUUAUUGGGGAUUGUGAGAACUUGGAGGCAUUACCUGGGUGGCUGACGAGUUUCACAUCGCUUCGCAGGCUUUUCCUCCACUCAUCUCCCAAACUGUUGUCUUUGCCAGAUGAGAUGCAUCGCCUCACUGCCUUAACAGAGGUUAGGAUUGCAGCUUGCCCUGAUUUGGAGAGGAGAUGUCAGCGCGACACAGGAGAAGAUUGGCCAAAGAUUUCUCAUGUUCCAAAUGUUUAUUUUGAAGGGCCAUGAAUUUCUCGAGAUGCGAAUAGCAACAUACACUGCUGUCUUCAAUGCCGCGUGCCUCUGUUUGUCUUAGUUUCUGAGUUGCUUGUAGUUUGUUCCGGCCAAUGUAAAUUGUGGUGGGGGCACAAGUGGAUUUAUAUUUCAGUAGAUUAAAACAUGUUUGAUUUAUUGUAAUAUUACUCCAAUUUAAUCAACCUUAUUUACAUCAAA